AUGCUCCCGACGGACCUGUUUCUUGGCAGUCCGGGGCUGCCGGGGUCGACGAUGAAGCUGACGCCGGGCGUCGGCAUGACGCUGCUCAUCGGCGUCGCUGGGAGUAUCUUUCUGGUCGCCCAAAGUCACCGAUUGCUGCGCAGUAAACUAAGCCAACGAAGGCGCUCAUCACGAAAGCCCGAUGUGGCGGAGUGUUACAUGUGUAACGCAAACGUCGAACUCGAAAGCACAGACAGCUUCGCAACAUGCCGUGGUUGCGAAAGAUUGGUCUGCCGCGGAGAGAACUGCUGCCAGUGGGUGGAAUCGAUCGGCAUCUGGGAAUGCACCGGGUGUCAAUCGAAUCGCGUGAUCCAGCAGAAGGCAGGCGAGUGGUUGCUGAAUCAGCUGACCGCCCGGCUCCAGCAGCCCGGUCCGGUAGAGCUGAGGGAUGGCAAUCUGCUCGGUCUUGGCUUGGAUGCCGAUGACGCCCGCAGUACGAGCAGCUCGACGGUUUCGGCGAACCAGCGCAUCAAGGUGCGGGAGUUUAUCGAGGAACUGCUGUCGGCCAUGCUGCACGGACCGCUAGACGAUGUUUCCGUUGGGCAGCUCAUGAAACACGAAAGCUAUAUAAGACUUUUCCGAAAGUUCCACACACGUUUGAGCAGGUGUCUGUACAAUCUUGAACUUUCGAUACAUCACUCACUAAUGUCGGAUCUACCACUAUGGGAAGGUCAACAGCAGCAUCACAGCCCGAGCGACCAGCACUUCGAGCUGAAGCGACUGAUACAGAAGAUCCUGGAGGAGAUCGCUAAGCUGCCGGAGCUGCUGAACCACAGUGGCCUCCCGCUACGGCCGGAAGAACAUUUGCCGUACUUCGAUCCGAAGAAGUACGAACAACUGGUUGCCACUGCGGUGCUCAACAAGGUGGUGGACGACUAUCGGAAUCCGAAAAACUUCCCUAGUGCCGGUGACGUGGCAGCCAAACCGUACUACGUUGCAGGUGGUGGUGGUGGUGGUGGUGGACCGGUCGACGUGAACCACAAUCAGCUGACGGAAGGAGGUAGUCACCCCAAGGGCGCGCUGAACGCGGAAGCCCUCAGACAGAUGUCCGUAACGGCCGACGAGAUCCUAGCACACGAGGCAGCCGCAGCCAGCUACAGUGCGUCGGGCGAUCGCCGACUGUCCGAUACGGACGAGUCCUACCUCAGCGACUACAUCCAGCGGCACAAGGUUCCGCUGCCGGAUCUUUCCGACACUACCACCGGUUCGGGGUCGGGCGCAGAAGACGACGAUCUGCAGUCGCUCAAGUCGAACGCGACCGACGGGACGUGGGAAGAGAAUUGGCUGUUUCGCAAGCGCCAGCUGAAAACGACCGAGUCGUCGAUCGCCAUGCUCGUGCCAUCGCCAACGGAGGAGGUGAAGGCGCUGAUCGGUGACAAGAAUGCGGACGAGAUCAGCGAUCUCUCCGAGGCGGGCUCGGACUGCGAAGGGUACGAGUCGGAUAGCAACGUGGCCCCGGAGGUCAUCAAGAGUGAGGCGAGUCCACUGACGGCUGGAUCGAGCAGCAAGGACGAGACGAGCGAGGGUUUGUCGUCCUCGUCGAAGCCACAGGACUCGCUGGAGGAGGAAAACUUCCCGGCCGAUAGUCUCGUGUCGAUCAGUUCGCUACCGGCCAACGAGGAGGCGCUGUCGGAGGCUAAAAAUAGUCAACUGUUGGGGGAACAGGACCGAUCCGCCGGAACCAUACUCGAGGAUCUGAUCAGUAUUGGGCCGGUGGUGGAAAAGGUGGAAACCACCAAUCCCACAUUGACCAAUCCGUUCUUGAACGAUCCAUUCGAAGUGAACAACGGCGUCAUUACGGAUGACGUGAAGUUACUUCAACGCACCGAAGCUAGUGACAAUCGGAGUUCCGAACCCAGCACCAACGGUCACGGAGACCGCAAAGAAAUCCCAAUAGAUCGAGUGCCACCACUGUUGCUGCUGGAUUCUCUGUCACCGCCGGGGUCUCCGGUGCAGCAGGUCCUAUCACCCCAUCCGAUCAUGAUGACGAUCACCGAUGUUUUCGAUCGGAUGGCAAGCAGUUCACCGUUGGGUGCCAUUUCGGAGGAGCUUCCACCGCCGAUGCUGAUGGAUCCGGAAGAUUCCGAUCCACCGUUCGGGGUUACACCGAUGGAGGAAUCGUUCGAUCAAAACAGUUCCCCGCUGACUACGAUUUCGGAGGAGCUUUCAGCGACGGUUCAGUUGGAGGACGGUGAAAAGGGCAAGUUGUCCGAAGAGGCAACACCCGACGCUGUCCUUUCCCCAAUGGAUAGUAUCCAGGAUGAUAGUGAGUAUAGGACGGUAUCCGAGGCGACCAACAACAGUCUCAUGCUAGUCGAGUCCUUCGAGGAGCUCGGCCCGUUUAGUAUGUCCGAUAUGCCGCACGAUUCAAACAGCCUCCAACGAUGCGACGAGGAGUUUAGUUCCAUUGUAGAACAGAGCGAGUCCGAUAAUGCAGAAGAACAGGAACAGCGUCCCAUCGUGACGGCACAAUCAUCGCCCGAUUUGCUGCAGAUACGGGAGACACCCCCGGCAGCGGUUUACGUGCGUGAUCAGGAGCAGCGAGAGUUUUCCGAGCAACUAAAAACUCUUAACGCACCCAACGUCGUCGAAACACCGAACCGUAAUCCGUUUCAGGACGAGGAGGGAGAUACAGAUAAACCAUCACAAAUCACACUCCACGCUGAUCUGGUAACGUUCGACAACAAUAUACCGAGUCCGGAACGUAAUCCUGGAAUUGUGGCCGUAACGGAACAGAUGCGGGCGUACUGUGAGGAACUUAAAGGCAUUCUCAAUCGACCAUCAGCCGAGGAGGGGCUGGAUGUAAAGCCAGUUGAGGAGGAAUUGGAUCAAUGGGAAAUGGUAGAACCACCGGAAGCGCUGGAAGCACUCGACGCCUUCGGAGAAGAGUUGCAACGGGCCUUGGAAGAUCCUACGGUGUCGGAAGUAAGUCCAUGCAAAGAUCAUCCAAUCCGCGAAUAUCCUUUACUGGAACUUGAAGAACCCUUUCCGAGCCCCAUUGAGAUAGGAAGCCUAAGAAUGGCCGAGUACAGUGAGAGUUUGAAGAAUAUUGAGUACGUUGAGGAAGCCCUCGCCAUGGACGAGCAAGUGCAGAUCAUUUCCGAUACUUCCGUAGAGAUGGAGGAACGAUCAUCGGAGGCUUUCACGGUGUCUUCGCCGGAACCAUCCCAUCACAGCGUGACAGUACACUGUACACCUUCCAUCGAGGAUCCUCCCUCGCAGAUGGAAGUUCCCUCGAGUGCCGAUGAAGCGACUGAGUCCUUCCCCCUGCCAUCAACUAGCACCGAGGAGACGAUGCUGGCGUCGAUCGAGUCCCGUUCGGAGUCGAAGAUCGACGACACCAGCAUGCCAUUUAGCGACAGCGACCUUCCAUCCCUCUCAUCGCCACACACCACCACCACCACCAUCGUGACCGCCUCGACCACAACCACCAUUAACAAUUGCAUGUCAACUAACAUCACGGAUCAAGUAUCGACACCUAUUUGCAUUAGCACCAGCACCAUCGACAUUGACACUAACCCCUCGAAUAACACCCGUUUUGUGAGCGAACUGUCGCUCGACGUCCCACUGUCGUUGGCGGACGCACCACCGCAAACCUCGAUCGUCGCUGACUCUUCGAUCAUUCCAGCACAAAAGACAGCGGAACAGCAGCCGACAGUGGAAAGCAAUGGGCAUCAUACGGAAGCCGUGCCGGCGGACGGUGGUAUGGACGAACAGAAUCAACCGUCCCUUGACGAAGCGGACACGUUGAUACCGGGAUCCAUUGCAGAACGGGAACAUCUGAAGUGGCGUAAUGCCAAGCCGAUCGCCAACAAUCCGUACUCCCCGGACGCUCUGCAGCGCAGGCUCUCGGAGAAGAGCCGUCCCUCCAGUAUGAUCGAGAUCGAGCGAUUGGUCAAAAAGGAUGCCGCGCCAAACGGUUCCGCCGUUGUGCUGUUGGACGAUGAGGAUUCUCCGAAGGAACCGGUUGACUCCGGAACGGAGAACGAUCGUUCGCUGCAGUCGGUGAUGGGUGGAGCUCUGUCGGAGAAGAAAAAGAUCGGUCGGGAAUAUUAUAUCAACGAUCCGGAGCGUCUCCGAGCGGGUGGAGGUGUGUUGAAGCAAACCCUCGGAGUGGAACAGAAGCAGCCGCAGCAGCUAUCGCACAGUACCGACGACGAGAAAUCACUGCUUCUCGCCCGCAACGUGGAUGAUGGUGAAUCAAACCAGCUGAAGUUGGCACCCGGUUCCGGAACCUCUCUGUCUCGUUCGAGUAGCUUCGGUAAACCACGUGAUCCCGGUGCGGAGAACGUCUUUGCCGCCCGCCCAGUACAGGUCACAUCGGACGAUCCCAUCCUGAAGAAGGGGGGCACCAAGGUGAACCACCUCAGUACGGCGGCUCGUGAAGCUUUCCUCGUACCCGUCGAGCCGGAACCGCACGGAUCGCUGAUCAGCUCGUCGUCCGAGGUGAGCAUCAACUCGCCAACCUCGUCCUCGGGAGCUCGCCCGGAACUGGACAGCUUGACCUACAGCGAAGACUCGGACGUGACGCGCAUCUACGAUCUGACGACCGGUGAAGCGAAGGUGUUCCGUUCCGGGGUGCCCGCGCAAUCCGAAACCAUCCUACAGAUCCUACCUCAGCUACCGAGUCCGGUGCAUCGUGCGUCAGCAUGCCCUAGCCCCGCUCAAGCGCCCUCUCUGACGGCCAAACCUUCGAGCCCGAUCGGUGGUCAGGACGAACGAGGCUUCCUACGGCCGGCGCAGUUCGCGGUCAAACCUCUCUCCCCGGAAACGAUCAAGUUCUUCGCACCGAAGCGAAAACUCAGCUUCACCGGAAGCAGCUCGAAUUUGGCCACCGGUGAGGGGACCAAGACCCCUGCCACUAGCAGCCCCGGGCACACGAUGCACUCGUCGCUGCACAUCGAUUUCCCGGCGACACGUGCGACGAACGGAAGCGAGUUUUCCAUCAUCGAAAGGGACGUGAUCGACGUGCUGCCAUCGGUCAAGGAGCUGGCCAAGUGCUACAGUGGAAGCUGCAGUGAGGUAUCCACGAUGCCACCGAAACCACUCUACAAACCACGGGUCAAGCUUAGAAAGGACUUCCUACGCCAGUCUUCGGAUGUGUUGAACGAGGACGGUAGCUCCGGUGCGAUGCCGGACGCGGGCACGAAAGGACAGCGGCAGUACAGCAGCACCAGCAGCAUCGCGGUGCGGGACGAGAUUCGGGAAAUUCGAAAGAUCAACCUGGAAGCGUACCGGCAGCAGUCGACGUUCUACCCGAUGGCGCCUGGCCACAGCAUCACGGCCCGCAGCCUUUCCAAGCAGAUCCGUGAGCAUAAGACCAACGUUACCGAUGACCACAAGGUGGGCCAGCACGAGGAACUGCCCGGUAGCAAUGGUGGAAAUGGUGGUGGUGGUGGUGAAGGUGAUGGUGUUGGUAGUGGAAUCGAUGGUGGCCAUGCGUCUCCGGAGCGUCCUAGCAGUCCCGUGUUUUUGCCGGGUCAUCUGAAGACCAGUAUAGAGUUUUUCGAAAGCCUCAGGAACAAACCGUAAACCCGGAGGGAAAAAAAAGUGAUCGGAAGAAACAAAAAGUGAGGAGAGCUGCCGUCUCUGCCAGCUUCCCCUUUCCCCUGCCAAGGGAAUAUCUCUUCAGUCGUUGUGCCAUUCAAAUGUCGUCGCAAAAAAAAAAUCGGUAAUCCACUCUGGAACCAGACAACCCCGGGGGAGUCAGUGCGAUAUCAUUUAGUCAUGUUCGAAACCAAAUUCGCACCGCCACCGGUUGUCUCGUCUUUAAGGUUUGGUAAAGGGAAGAGGCAAAAGCACCGGCCCACGGGGCGACGACAUCAUAAUGCAAAAAAAAACCCAGUAAAUUUCAUAUUCCUCCCGGUGAUCAAACCCGAAGCAGAAACCUCCCUAGCGUAACGGUAGGAUUAGGAAGGCAGACAAGGAGAGUUAAUUUAUUAUCUGCCACGUUUUCAAUACCUUCGUUUGGAUAUUGUUUCAUCUCCACGGUGCACCUUUUUAUUUUAUUUUAUUUUACUUUUUCCUUUUUCCUUUUUGUUUUAUUUUUCCUUUUUGGUUUGUAUAUCAGCGUUUUGCCUUUCUAUUGUUUUGCAUUUAUGGUUUGCCUUCUACUUUCUUUCCUAUCUUUUUUUCUCUAUAAGAGCUUUGUAGAAGCAAUUAGUUUUCGUUCAGAAUUAGUUCCUUCUCAUCUUGAACAGUUAAGAUGACGAAAAUGGAUUUGAUGGAAAAUAAAGCAUUGAAAAAUAAAAACUUA